UAUGCAGGCGUCAACAUCAGUUGCAAACAAACUCGCCAACCCAUCGGACUACGUUCAAAUGAAUUGUUUCAUUAUUCGGCAAAUUAACAAUUUAUCAAAUGCCGCGUUAACUGGCUAACAACAAUAAAAAUUGGAAUUGAUUAUUUUUAAUCGGAUUUAAAAUCAUUAAAAAAUCUCUUCGAUUAUGUCGGUAGUUUUGGUAUUUUUUAUUGUUUCUGCUGCGGCAUAUUUUCUUAUACAUUGGUACAAAAUAUUUUUGUGCGGAAUUAGAUUACCUGGUCCCUGGUCUGUACCAUGUCUGGGCAAUGUGCAAUUUAUAGCAAAAUUAAAACCAGAAAAACUUUUAUAUGCAAUACACAGUUGUCACGAGAAAUAUGGUCAAUCGUUUCGAUUAUGGCUAGGGCCACAACUAUGGGUAUUUCUACAUAGUCCACAGGAGACACGAGAUGCACUGAAUGACGCCACCCUAAAACGGGCAGAUUCAUUUCAAAUGUUAAACGUGUUCAUAGGAAAUGGAUUGCUGAUUAGUGAAGGCAAAGAUUGGGAACUACACAGAAAGGCACUGGGACCUGCAUUUCAUCCAAAUAUUUUAAAUGGAUUUACUCACACCAUAAUUCAACAUGUCAACAUACUUGUAGAUAGAUUAAGAGAUUUAGACUCAAAGUCAAUAGAAGUAUCGGAAUAUUUGUUUCCUUGUCUAAUGGAUACCAUUAUUGAUACAUCAAUGGGGAAAAACUUGGAGACUCAAAAUAACUUAAAUCAUUCCUACACCCAUGCGUUUCAUAGAACAAGGGAAUUACUAUUUGAGCGUAUGGUAAACCCAUUACUCUUUCCUGAUUUAGUUUACAACAACACACAAAGAUCUAAAGACUUAGCCAAAUAUAUAAAUAUAAUUCACGAUCUUAUGGACUCUGUCAUAAAGGAACGUCAAGAAUUUCUGGAGCAAGAGGGAAAGCACACCGAGUUGGCAGUAAGAAAGCAAAGAUGUCUCUUGGACACAUUACUAACAGCUACCAUUGAACAAAAACCCCUAAGUCUCAAGGAGAUUCGUGAUGAAGUCAAUACCUUUGUUUUUGCUGGAGUAGAUACCACCACAGCGGCCAUGUGUUUUGUUCUCUAUUGCCUUGGAAAAUAUCCCCAAGAACAACAAAAAGUCCUCGACGAAAUUUAUAGCAUACGAAGAGAAUCCUCAGACAGUUUUCCCAACACCUCGGAUCUCAACAAAUUGGAAUAUCUGGAUAUGUUUAUUAGAGAAUGUUUGCGGCUAUACACAAUAGUUCCCAUGACCGGACGUCAAACUACAAAAACCACAAAAAUUGGUGGAAGGACCUAUCCACCUGGCGUAACAUUGUGGAUUAACAUGUAUGGCCUGUGUCACGAUAGUCAGCUGUAUGAGGAACCAUUCAAAUUUAAACCCACACGUUUUAACCGUUUGGAAUAUCAACGUUUACCUAAAUUUGCGUACAUACCAUUUUCCGGUGGUCCACAUGUUUGCAUUGGUCGAAAGUACGCUUUGAUGAUAAUGAAAAUUAUGUGUGUUCGAAUAUUGGAAACUUUUGAGUUGACGCUAACACAUCCCAAUGAAAAGCUGAUACUAAUGUCUCAGAUGACUUUGAAAUCAAAGACUGGUAUUAACAUCAUAUUUAAGGCAAGGUGAUGAAGAUAUGUGUAUACAUCGAAGUUUGUACUUAAAAAAUAAGAAUUUUACAAAAAAAAAAAAAAAAAUGACUAAUGUAUGCAGGUAAAAUAGUAGUCUGGAAAAUCAAAGUUAAAUUCAAUCGAACCAAAUCUUUCAUAACUUUGGU